AUGGACCGCUUCGCCGAGACGGAGGGGAAGCUGGCGCACGACCCGCUGACGUACAACCCGGCCGGCUUCGCCGACGAGACAGAGGGCAAGAUGGAGCAGGACCCGCUGAUGUACAGCCCGUGCAGCGCCGCGAGGGCCACGGCAACUGGCAUCCCCGUCGUCGGCGACCAAGGCGUGGCCGUGUUACCGGGGCCGCUGAUCGUGGGCGCGGGGCCGGCGGGCCUGUCGUGUGCGGCGAGGCUCACCAUGGGAUCCGUGCCCUACGCGCUCCUGGAGCGCGACGUGUGCGUCGCCUCCAUGUGGCACCGCCGCACGUACCACAGGCUGUGCCUGCACCUGCCCAAGCGCUACUGCGAGCUGCCACUCAUGCCCUUCCCGCGCAGCUACCCCACGUACCCGACCAGGCAGCAGUUCCUCGCCUACAUCGAUGAGUACAUGCGCACCUUCGGCAUCCGCCCCUUCUUCCGCCAGGAAGUCGUCGCCGCUGAGCACGACGGCGAGUACUGGUGCGUGCGCACCAAGGAUGCCAUCGCCAGCCCCAUCAAUGGCGGCGGCGAAGAGUCCAUCAACUUGUGCGCCAGGGAGUACCGCUCUAAAUGGCUCAUUGUGGCCACAGGGGAGAACGCGCAGCCUGUUGUACCAGAGAUUGAGGGAAUCCAUAACUUCAAGGGCCAGGUCAUGCACUCCAGCGAAUACCGUAGCGGCGAGGCCUUCCAAGGCAAGAAGGUGCUCGUUGUCGGCUGUGGCAACUCCGGCAUGGAGGUGUCUCUUGACCUCGCCAACCAUAAUGUGCACACCUCCAUUGUUGUGCGCGAUUCGGGGCACGUCCUUCCAAGAGAGAUCAUGGGACUCUCAACUUUUACUUUGUCCUUGUGGCUUCUUAUGUUUCUACGUGUCCAGAUAGUGGAUCGGAUCCUUCUCCUCCUUGCCUGGUUCGUUCUAGGCAAUACUGCACGCUUUGGUAUUCCUCGACCUAGUAUGGGUCCAAUGGAGCUCAAAAAAGUGUGUGGGAAGACGCCUGUGCUUGACGUGGGUACAAUAGCAAGGAUCAAGUCUGGAGACAUCAAAGUGUUUCCGGCAAUCCAAAGUUUCCAAGAGCAUGGUGUAGAGUUUAUUGACGGGACGAUCGAAUCAUUUGAUGUUGUGAUUCUUGCCACAGGUUACAAAAGCAAUGUUCCUUAUUGGUUGAAGGAGAAUGAUUUUUUUUCACAAAAAGAUGGAUUUCCACGCAGACCAAAUGAAUGGAAAGGAAAGAAUGGUCUCUAUGCUGUUGGGUUCUCAAGACGUGGUCUCCUUGGUGUGUCCAUGGAUGCCACCAAAAUUGCAGAGGAUAUUGUGCAGUCUUACAAUGAUAUAUAUAAGCUAUGA